AUGCCUGAGGCCAACUAUGAUUUUAAUUGCGCCCCCAUUUCCAAUAUUUUGGGGGCACCAACUCCCAACUUCAUCUCCAUCUUCAUCUCCAUCGUGUGGCCAAUAUAUGAGCUAUUCUGGCUCAAGAUGAGGAUGUAUGGUCUACAUGAAAACACAUCUGCGAAUCUACUGGAUUUUGCUGCUUUCUAUCUUCUUCAAAUCUCCAUUCCAGCCGCCCUGCUUGUCAGCACCCCAAAGAAAUCCCCGCUUCGAUAUCUCGCCAUACCAUGUAUGAUAUGCAUCGCCAAUAGAUUCAUGCUACCAUUUGCACCUGCAGGUAGUCCAACGUGGUGCCAAGCUAUCUGUCAGCUCGUGAUUAUGGUACUGCAAGCGAUCAAUAUGCUUGUAAUCAAUCCUUUGGACCGCCAAGAUCUCGUCGGGGUGGUCAGAAACUCGCAGAGCACCAUAGCGUAUUUCUUUGCAGCAAUUCGAGCUCUAAUAUUCACUAGGGGCUGUAAUACUCCUUGGCAAGUGAAGAAUGUACCCUCUCAGCCCCGUUAUUAUUCACGCCGGGGUAUGAAAAUCCCCACUCGAUCCCGUUUCUUACUUCGUCAAUCUGCUAUUUUCGCUUGGCAAUAUGUGGCUCUUGAUAUUAUCCAAACACUUUCGGCUCAGCAAGCAUCCGAGAAAAAGGAGUCUUUGAUGGAGAUUGAGUGGAAUGUGUCGCGGGGUCAGUGGGCCGAGCGAGCAGGGACACAUGUGGCAAUCUGGUUUGUGGUGAAUCGGCUCAUCGGGGAUUCUGUAUACCGUCUUCUUUCUAUUAUCAGUGUCGGUCUUGUUAUCGACUCACCAUCGGAUUGGCCACCGGCGUGGGGGAGGAUGAAAGAAGCCUAUACUCUCCGAAAUUUCUGGGGUAAAUUUUGGCAUCAGUUUAUGCGACAGCCUUUUUCUUCCUUGAGCAACUUUAUCACGCGAGAAUGUCUGGGCCUGGCCCGAUCAGCGAUCCUUGAGCGAUACACCAACCUCUUCAUCGUGUUCUUGAUAUCAAGUCUGUAUCAUGUUAUUGUAGAUUUGUUGCAAAGUGUCCCACCUGAAUAUUCGGGGUCAAUUACUUUUUACCUGGCUUUCGUUCCCGGUAUUAUUCUCGAAGAUGGCGUUCAAGAAGUAUGGGCGCGUUUCGGAGCUCAUGGGACCUCUGGUUCUGAAAACGCGUUGGCUAUGUGGCAGAGAACAAUUGGAUUGAUAUGGGUCAUGUCAUGGCUUGCGAUUACAUCGACCUGGUACUUCACUCCGAUGAUUCAGUUGACUGGCUCUGAUGUGGCCAUGGUCCCUCUCAGCUUUACUAGGGCGCUGGGCCUACCUAUUUCAGGAAUAAUUCUCUUGAUAGCAGGUGCCACUAUAUUGUGGAUAUUUGAGGUUGAAAUCUGA